GGGCUGGAUCCAUGCCGGGUAUCCAGGUGGGCCGAUGGCAAGCAAAAGAAACCCUGAUGUAGCCAUAUAUAAUGGCAGUCACAGAACAAUGGACGCCUAGCGGGCGGUUGCUUCUUCGAUCCCUUCUUAGCUUCCUUAGGGCUACGCUGCUACGGUGUCUCUGCAGCUCUCGCGUGCUUCAACCAUGGCCACCGCCAGAACUGUCAAGGACGUCUCGCCCCAUGAAUUCGUCAAGGCAUAUUCCGCUCAUCUGAAGCGCUCUGGCAAGAUGGAGCUCCCCGAGUGGACUGAUAUUGUGAAGACUGGUACAUUUAAAGAACUUGCUCCGUAUGACCCUGAUUGGUAUUAUAUCAGAGCUGCUUCCAUGGCAAGGAAAAUCUACUUGAGACAGGGUCUUGGUGUUGGUGCAUUCCGGAGGAUUUAUGGUGGGAGCAAGAGGAAUGGUAGCCGUCCUCGUCAUUUCUGCAAGAGCAGUGGUGCUAUUGCUCGCAACAUUCUUCAACAGUUGCAGGAAAUGAACAUUAUCGACAUUGAUACAAAGGGUGGGAGGAGAAUCACAUCCAGUGGCCAACGGGAUCUUGACCAAGUUGCUGGGCGGAUCCUUGUUGCCCCUUGAUUAGUGAAUUGUUGGGCUGUUCUAUGUUAUAUGAUCCUUCUGCAAAGGAUGACCAACUGGGAAUCUAAUCUCUUUUUAGGUGUGAGUUAUCAGCAGUGUGUGAGCUUCAUUCAGGAAAUGGAAUGAAAAUUUGGGAAUGAAAUACUUGCAUGUGGAAGUGCAGUAGUUUUAGUUUACUAAAUAUAAUGGUGUUGGUUGAACAUGGAGUAUACUCUCUCUGGUACUUCACCUUCAAAUUGCACAUUAUGAAUUCGUAUUUUAAAAUUAUUCCGUGUUGAUUAGAGACUAUUGAACUAUGUAUGAUUGUUUGCUCUAUAAUGAUAUUGUGUUAGUGUUGAACUA